AUGAGCCGGGCGCUGUCCGUGCUGAGAACAGUGGCAGAGGUGCGGGCAUGGCGUUCAGGCAGACGGACUUGUGGCUUCGUGCCUACCAUGGGCGCCUUGCACGCAGGUCACAUUGACUUGGUCAGACGAGCCACAGCGGAGAACGAGAAUGUCAUUGUCUCCAUCUUUGUCAAUCCUGCUCAGUUUGCACCCUCGGAGGAUCUCUCGACGUACCCCUCCACGCUCACAGACGACAUGGACCAUCUCCGCAAGCUACCGGUCGACGCCCUCUUCCUGCCCGAUGUAGACGUCCUCUAUCCCUCAGGCAUCGUUCAGGAUGUGGAACGCCAGGUUGGCACCUUUGUCGACGUCCAAGGUUAUUCCAACCAGAUGGAAGGCCGCUCGCGUCCCACCUUCUUUCGCGGCGUCGCCACCGUCGUCCUCAAGCUCUUCAACAUUGUCCAGCCUACGAGAGCAUACUUUGGACAGAAGGACAUCCAGCAGGCAAUACUGCUUCGACAGAUGCUGAGAGACCUCCAUCUCGCCUGGCCGACGCCCGCCAAUCUCAUCAUCUCUCCCACGACGCGCCAUGAAAGCACAGGCCUGGCCCUCAGUAGCCGCAACGCUUAUCUCUCGGCCAACGAGCUCGAGGUCUCGCCCAUCUUGAACGAAGUUUUGCGGCUGACCGCUCACGCCAUAGAGACCGGCCAGUCAGUUGAGGAGGCUCUAGCCGAGGGUCUCUCUGUCUUUGCUCGCACUUCGGAGGCAGCACGAGCACGUCAUGUAACGCUGCGACCCGACUAUCUCAUUCUCAAUGACCCACAAACGCUGCAACCUCUAUCGCGCUACGAUCCAGCGCGAGGGGCAGUCCUCAGUGGCGCAUGCUGGCUGGGCAAAACGAGACUUAUCGACAACAUCUUACUGGGACAACAUGGACUGCUUUGA